AUGGCCAAAUCAAGUGUCGGAGCACUGUGCUUUCCGCUACCCCAGGCGGGACCACACAUAGCCAACGGCUGGGGGGACGCAGUGCGCUUUAGACAUCUGUAUGCUGCUAGACAGGGACUGCAUCUACAAAUCAACGCAGACGGAAAAGUGCACGGAUCCGCUUCCCAAAGUUCUUACAGUCUGCUGGAAAUUCGACCGGUUGAUACAGGCUUUGUUGCUAUCAAAGGAGUAACAAGUUCAAAAUAUCUCUGCAUGGAAGGGACCGGAAGCAUUUAUGGAUCUGCCACCUACGUGAAAGAGGACUGCUCCUUCCUGGAGCGCAUCCUCUCAGACGGUUACAGUGUCUACUUCUCCAGCAAGCAUGGAGCCCCACUGAGCCUGAGUGGCGACCGGCAGCAGCCGCAGCUCCCAGGAAAAGCCCCGCUCGCUCCGGCACAGUUCCUGCCCAUGAUGAGCACGCAGUCCCUGCUGCCUAUGAACGCCCACUCUGGAGACCCUCCCUCCGACCCCAAGCAGGCGGCCCGGCCCUCUCUGGAGCUAGAUAGCAUGGAUCCCUAUGGGAAGCUAUCCCAAAUAUACAUUCAGAGUCCUAGUUUCAGUAAGAGAUAG